UCGACAUCGACAUCAUCGUCUCUGCCCGACUCUCCACCUCCCCCCAUAUCCCCGGAACUCAAACGAGCAGGAGCGGGACUGGGAGCGGGAGGAGAAUCUACUGCUAGAUGAAGAAUACAACCCAGCGCCAGAACAAGAGCAAGAGUAUGAACAGGAACAAGAGCAAGAUGAAGGACCAGACAUGGAUUACGAAGACGCUCUGAUUGACAUACGAGACAACAGUCCUUCACCUUCAUUGUCGACUGUCGGUGUACAAGAGGCAUCGCGCGUGCCAACUCCGGUCCCGCCGCCGCCGACACCGCCUCCGCGGCAUCCGUUCUACUACAUCGACGACGAUAUGGCUAUCAUCUGUGUUGAGGAGCAACUCUUCAAGGUGCACAAGUACUUCUUAAUCCGAGAAUCGGAGCUCUUCCAGGGAAUGUUCGGACUCCCGCCCGGAGACUCCAUGACUGCAGAAGGACGGGAUGAUCACCAUCCCAUCGUGCUCAAGCAGGUGCUUGCGCGCGAAUUCGAAAGCCUGUUGCGCUUUCUGUACCAUGGCAUGUUCGACGAUUGCGGCGUGACACUGCCGCAAUGGAUCGACAUCUUGAGCAUCUCCACAUUCUGGGCCUGCGACAAACUGCGUGCGCGAGCGAUCAAGGAGAUACACGACCACAGGCCCCGCAUCGACCCUGUGGAGAAGGUUGUACUUGCAGUCAAGUACUUCGUUCCUGAGUGGCUCGCGCCGUCAUACGCGGCAGUCUGCCAACGUGCAUUGCCUAUCAACAGCGUGGAGGGGCACAAGCUGGGGCUCGAGAAAACGAUCCUUCUUGCCCGCGCGAGAGAAGCGGUCCGUCAGGACCACGUCGCCCGAGAGCAGAGGCAUGCCCAGGGUGCUGGUGGGCGAGGCAAUGUGCGUCAAAACCUCAAUUCGCGCACGACGGCCUCCCCAGCGCCACCUGAGCCUGAACCUUUGCCGUCGACGGCAUCCUGCUGGGGAGAAUGGAAAGGCUUGACAGUGCCUCCUCCAGAGGAUCCCUUCGAUGCGGAGCGCGUCGCCGAGAUAGUGCACGAAGUCUUCCAGGCGCCGGAGGAGGCGGGCGCUAACUAGGACGAUUUCUCGUCUAUUCUCCUCGCCCUCUUUCCUCUCGCACGGGCAGUCGUAGGUAGGUCGUGUGCCGGCGCAUGUGUGACGCAUGUCUGCACAUCGCGUUCCGGUCUAUACAUAUCUCAUUCGGUGAAUAGGCUGCCGCGGGCCGCCUGCAAGUGUAUCAUGUAUUCUGUGUACGGUAGACUCAAUUGACACGACGUAUUGGCGACGUAUACACU